AUGCUGCCUUCCAGUGGAAUUCUUUUUAUUUUACUGCCGGUUAGUUUAUGGUGGACCAGAAGCAAUGGUUACAGUACUACAGUCAGAACAAACACUGACAAUAGUUCAACUACAGAUAUGACUUCACCUACACACCAAGGAACUUCACAUCAGCUAGAUCUUACUGGAACUAACGGAAUAACUACUCCUGCUAUAAGCCAUGUUACCCCAACAACGGCCAAUAAAAAUGCAACAACAAAAAGUACAGUAAUAGAGAUUAACACUCAAAGUAACAGUGUAUCUCAGAGAUCCACUAAUGGCACAGGGUUAUUUUCGACUUCACAUGUGGAUAAGGGUUCAACAGAUGGCACAAAUACCCCUGCCAAAAAUGUCAACAGAAUCUCACCAUCUUCAACAAUAUCCAUAACCAUGAGCGACUUGUCCACAGCGACUGAAAGCAACAUGCCUACAAAUGCUGGUGUAUCAUCGAAAACGGAAGCCAAAAACUUCACUUCAGUCACCUAUAAGACCAGUUCUACUGCAGCAAUCUCCACCAAAGACUCUCUAAAGAGCUCCACAGAAGUCUCAUUCAUGAACAGUCCAUCAAAUACACUGACCACAUUAUCCACACACCAGAGUGGCAGUGUCACAACAGACUUCAAAACAAUUUCACAGACUACAAAAAACGUACACCAGAAUUUCACCAACCAUUCUAUAGUCCCAUCAAAUCCGAAAGAACCCAACAAAGAGAAUCGCCACAGUGCAGGAGUAGUGCUUGGUGCGACUGUAGGAGCCAUUCUAGGAUCUGCAUUAAUUGGUCUGAUUGGGUACUUUAUAUGUGGGAAGAGAAAGUCUGGCUCAUUUUCCCAUCAGCGACUUUAUGAUGACACAAGGAGUGAACCAGGUCUCCGAUUAGAUAAUUCAUCUCAUGAUGUGAGCUUUGGUGAUUUGUCUUACUACAAUCCCAGCACAACAAAUGAGCCAGCAGCACAGAACAGCAGAGGAAGACCAUAUGAUGGCAUUCCAAUGGGUGACAUGACUUCAUCUCAACCCCCAGCAUAA